AUGCCUACAGAAAGAAACCUCAGGAUUGGUAACUGCAGUGGAGCAACUGGAGAUGCACCACAUGCCAUGGCUCGCAUGGUACGGGAGGCCGAAGUUGAUGUCAUUACCGGUGACUGGUAUGUCCAAGGUCUUCACACCUGGGAAUCGAUCAAGAAGGCUGAAGAUCCAGAACUUGGCUACGAUGUGGGCUUCCUCAGACAACUCAUCGAAUGUAUCGACGACAUUGCGGAGAGAAAGAUCAAGAUCAUCGCUAACGCUGGCGCUAUGAAUGCUCCUGUACUGGCGCGUAAGGUUCAGGAGCUCUGUCAAAGCCGUGGACAUGAUAUGGUAGUAGCGACAAUACUCGGAGAUGACGUGAGCCAUCUACUGAAGAAGAGCAAGUCCGGAGAUCGGAUCCUCGACUUCCCUCACUUGGACCAUGAGGAACAGCUUCUGGAGAAUUGGGAUUCUGACCUCGAGCCUACAUGUGCCGCUGCAUAUAUAGGUGCUUGGGGUAUCGUUGCAGCACUGAAGGAGGGUGCCGAUAUCAUCAUCUGUGGUCGUGUCACUGACGCCUCGCCAGUCAUUGCUGCUGCUGCUUGGUGGUAUGGCUGGUCUGAGCAAGCUUAUGAUCAGCUCGCUGGCGCACUGAUAGCAGGCCAUCUCAUCGAAUGUGGGCCCUACGCCACAGGUGCGAACUUCUCCGGCUUCAAACAAUACCUGCCAGAUCUGGUGGACUUGGCUUUUCCAGUAGCAGAGAUUAUGCCGUCCGGGGCCUGCUACAUCGCCAAGCCAGACUCUAUGAAUGGAGUGGUCAACCGGUUAAAUAUCACGUGCCAGCUCUUGUAUGAGCUACAGGGACAAAUGUAUCUCAAUCCAGAUGUGGUAGCGGAUAUUGCAAGUGUCCGGAUAGAAGACACAGGCCGCGAAAAUCAUGUCCUGGUAUCUGGUUGCAAAGGUUACCCACCACCUCCAACUACAAAAGUCAUGGUCGCAGCACCAGGAGGUUGGCAAGCAGAAACAACAUACUACAUCAACGGCCUUGACGUACAAGCGAAAGCACAGAUGAUAAAACAACAACUCCAAAACAUCUUUAGUGGUAGCCAGUUUUCGAAAUUCUCCGCUGAACUGUAUGGCACUCAAGUCGACAACCCCUCUUCACAACAAGCAGGUACCGUAAUGCUGCGGGUGUUCGCGCAAGCGCGCAACAAGGAAGACAUCGCCGCCGAGAAAUUCAAGAUACCUCUCUACUCGCUGCGCAUGCAGAGUUAUCCCGGCUACCACAUGAACCUCGACUUCCGCACCAUGGACCCGAAGCAGUUUUACGAGAUCUUCCCAGCAACAAUCCCGCAAGCUGCCAUCAAUCAUGAAGCCGUGGUAGCGGGAAAGAGAAUCUCGAUUGUGCGACCAAAGAAAACACAGCAUUAUCCUGUCCAAAGGCCUUCGUCAGAAACAGCAACUCCUGUUGACCUCGCCACUUUUGGGCCCACUGAAUGUAUGCCGCUUGGCAGUAUUGUACACGCGCGCUCUGGCGACAAAGCCAACAAUUCGAACGUUGGCUUUUUCGUACGGCACGACGACGAAUACCCGUGGCUGCAGGCUUUACUCACAGUGAACAAGUUGAAGGAAUUGCUGCAGGAAGACUAUGCUGGGAACAGCGUUGAGAGAUGCGAGUUUCCAAAUAUCCUUGCUGUGCAUUUCCGCAUCAUGGACUUCCUCGACGGUGGCAUCGCGUCUAGUGCUCGUAUUGAUGGGUUGGGUAAAGGCGUGGGCGAGUAUCUGCGCAGCAAGCAUGUUGAUGUUCCUAUCAUGUUUCUGCAGAGAGGCACGAUAUAA